UUGGAAAUUAGCAGGAUGGAGGCAUUGAAGAAUAUAUGGCCGGAAGUAGUUGAUGAUGCCACCUGCUGCUGCUCAUUGCGAUAUAUUGAAGUGUGGUCAUGUGAUAAUCUUGUGAAUGUGUUUCCGAGGAAUCCGAUGCCAUUGUUGCCUCAUCUGGAAAGAAUCGAAGUUUAUGGUUGUGGUUCCAUUCAAGCGUUAUUCGACAUUGAUGUUGGUGAAAAAGGCGGCGGUAUUAGUAAAUUGAGAUCCAUUUAUGUAUAUAACUCAGAGAGGCUUACAGAGGUGUGGAGGUUGAAAAGAGGAGGAGCUGCCGUACAUAUUAACCACCCUGAUAAUGAUGAUGAUGAUGUCAUAAUUUGUGGCUGCUUUCAAGCUGUUGAAGAGAUAGAAAUAAAGCUGUGUCCAAGCUUUAGGAAUAUAUUUACACCUACCACCGCUAGGUUUGAUAUGGGAGCACUGAAGAAGAUUUACAUAAAUGGCAAUGAAAGUAUAAAAGAAAACGAUGAAUCUGUAGGAAGGAACCAAGAGGAGAUCGAUGAUACAUCUAAGAGGGAGAUAAUAGAAGUUGUUGACAAUAUUCCAUACGUGGCAUAUCCAUUUCAUCUCUUACCUACAUUUCAUCACCUUCAAUCCCUUUAUUUAAAAAAUCUUAUAAAAGUUGAGGUGGUGUUUGACAUAGAAAAUGCAACUAGUAGAGAUUUGACAAUAUGGGAUAACCAACAACCACCAAUACUUUCCUACCUCAAGGAUUUAAAACUAGUUAAUUUGGAGAAGAUGAAUUGUGUGUGGAAGUGUACCUCCUGGAAUCAAUUUUUAUAUUCUCAAAAACAAGGAGAAUCCCCAUUCCAGAACCUUACAACCAUAUUCCUAAAAAGAUGUGGAAAGAUAAAGUACUUGUUUUCACCUCUUAUGGCCAAACUUCUUUUCAACUUGAAUACAAUUGACAUAUCAGAUUGUGAUGGUAUUGAGGAAGUUGUGUCAAAUGCCGAUGAUGAUGAUGAUGAUAUUCAAACAAUGGCAGCAGCUUCGACAUCUUCCCACACAAACCCUACUUUCUUCCCACAUUUAGACAGUCUAUCUCUUUAUCGUUUAUCAAAGCUAAAGUUUAUCUCCAAUUUCUCCAUUCAUGAGAAUGUCAAGAGUUCUGAGGUGGAUGUUGUUUCCUGGUCCUUGUGCCAAUAUCCCCGUAAGAUAAACAUAAGUGAAUGUAAUGCACUACCAAUCGUGAUUCCAUUCAAUGUUGUUGGAAAAUUACAAAAGCUUCAAGAGUUGAAAAUUAGUCGGUGUAACCUUUUGGGACAUGUAUUCACAAGCUCCACACUUGAGAGCCUCAAGCAACUAGAAGAGUUGACGAUUGAAGACUGCAAGGCAAUGCAAGUAAUUGUGAAGAAAGAUGGAAAGCACACAACAUCUAAAGUUGUCAUCUUUCCCCAACUAAAGUCGCUCACAUUAACUGAUUUACCAAAUGUUGAAGGUUUCUUUAUGGGGAUGAAUGAGUUUCAAUGGCCACAGUUGGAUAAGGUUAAGAUUUCUGGUUGCCCACAAAUGAUGGUCUUUACAUCAGGUCACUCAACGACUCCAAAGCUCAACUCCAUGCAUACUCGAUUAGGAAGACAUAGUCUUGAAUGUGGCUUCAAUUUUGAGUUCACCAAUGCAUCAAACGAGGCUAAAUUCCAUAAUUCAAGUAUGUGCUCUACUCCGGAUAUGAUAAAGCUACUUCAAUACCCAUGGUCAUUUUCGAACUUAGUUGAAGUAGAUACAAAGUCGUAUAGCGAAUCGUCAAAGAGCCGCAUAUUUUUCCCACAGAACGAGUUGCAUAAACUUCAAAAUCUUGAAAAGCUCAACAUCACUGCCCCCGAGUAUCAAUAUGACCGAAUUGUAGAGGAGGUAUUUGAAGUAGGAGAAGAGACGAAUGAUUAUAUGAAUGAAGCACAAUCUGUUGUGGUAUUUCCAAAGCUAAAAGAAGUGACUUUGGAAUGGCUUAAAAGUGUGAAACAUAUAUGGAAGAGCAAUCAGAGGAUAGUUUUGAACUUUCCAAAGCUUACAAAAGUGUUCAUUGAUAAUUGUCCACUUCUUGGAAAUGUUUUCACUAGUUGCAUGAUUGGCAGUCUAUUGCAGCUCCAAGAGCUACACAUAAGUCAAUGCGAAAAUAUGGAGGUAAUUGCCAAGCAAGUGGAAGAAGAUUUUGAUACUAGAGCGAAGAAGGUUGUCGUGUUCCCUUUUCUAAAAUCCGUAACACUUUUAUCGCUUGAAAAUCUCAAGGGAUUUUAUUUGGGAUUGGAGGCUUUUAAAUGGCCAUCGUUAGAUACUUUGGAAAUAAAAGAUUGUCCACAAAUAACGGUUUUCACACGUGGACAAUCGACUACUCCAAAGCUAAAGGUGAUAGACACAACAUUUGGAUUGUGUUAUGCAACCGAAGACCCAACCUCCUUUAUAAAGACCAAACAACAAGAGGGUUGGCAGUUCUAGAAAAGUAGCCAAGACACCUGCAUAUUCGAGAUCCUUCUUCGGUAUGCAUUUUAAAGUCCAUAAUCUUUUACAUAUUUGUCCAAUUGAUGGAAGGCCAAUUUCUAAAAAAUGAUCAUAUCUCCGGUAAACCUUAUAGUAAAAAUAACUUGUAUGAUAUACUAAUAGGAGAAGUGUGCUUUUGACAAAUGACAUUGGGCAUGGUCUCAGUGUUUCAUGGCUUGAGCCCAAACGACUUCACCACCACCACUACCAUCACCUUGGGUCUACGGUUUUUUAUGGUCUGUGUUUCAUGGUAGGAAGAGUUGGUGAAAUCAGGAGGAAAAACAGAGCAGUUUGGAAUUUAUGAGAGUUUGAUCAUGUGUACUUAACUUGGAAUGAAGUUUCAGUGCAUCCUGAUACAUCCAUGGACUGUAAUGCAAUUUGUUUAUAGUAACAAUGUGAAUUUGGGGGUAGAAAUACUGCAGGUUUUUGGACAGGUGCUGGAUGUUGUAACGGGUGCGAAACCUCAGGCCUGAAGCUGAAUUCAGCUAUAUGUA